GUCAUAUUUAAAGAAACAGCGUUGAAUUCAGAUGCUUCUCUAAAAGUGGUUAACUCAAUGAUGCGCAAUUAUUUUCAUUUUUGGAUCAACGUAAUGUUCCUUCCCCACUUGUAUAUCUUCUUCUCUUUGAAAAGCAUUAGUAUCUGGCAACAAAAUAUAGUUUGUGCGUUUAAGAUAGUUCCAGAAGAGUUAUGCUAUCCAAGAGACGGAAUCCUACGUGCAUGCCCGCUUUGUCACAAACCUAGGAGAAACGAUACUGUAUUGGUCACAUGCGGGUUUGUAUUUUGUUACUCUUGUAUACACAAGUACCUUCAAGAAAACGGAAGAUGCCCGAUUACUGGCAUACCUGCGACAAAUGCACAACUUAUUCGUUUAUUCUUAUGA